GCACGAGUCACAGAUUUCAUUCUCAUCACUUAGUCUUUUCUUUUCUUUUCUUUUCUCUCUCACCAAAAUCUGAUAAGAAAAACCGAACAGGCAUUGCAUCCGAUGUGGGCUCAUAGGAUCCACUCACUUAAACUCUUUUAACUCACUCUCUUUCUUUCGUGUGUGUUGUUUGUUCGUUCUUCUACAAAACCAGCACUUCAAAAACCUUGUGAGCCAUAAAAAAGUAAAACAUAUAAAAGACCCUUUCUUACUUCUUUUCUUUCUUUUCCUUCCUCCAAUGGCUGCUACUUGCUGCUUUGUCUCUGCUUGAAGGGAAAUUGAACUCAUUUCGCAUUUGGGUCUUUUGUGAUUUUAAUUUUAGUAUUGGUUUUUCUGUUUGGUUCUUCAUCACAUUCUUCAGCUUCUGGGCUUGGCGCAGAAGUUCAGAAUGAUUUCUGUGACAAGUAAAAGCAUUGAUUAUGCUGGGAAAAACUUGGUUUCUUGUGGAUGCUCCUCCAAUGCUAACACUGUGAGAAGCUAUGCUGCAAGGGUGAAUUCUAAAGUGUGGGGAAGAAGAGGAGGUCAUGGUGCUGCCAAUUUUAUCUGCUGCAAGAAUAGGACCAUUCAGUGCAGGGUUUCUACUAUGAAGACUGCUGAACCUACUGUUAAUGGUGGAACUCAUGCAAUUCAAGGAAUUCCAACAGGAUUGGACUUGAAGAGUUAUUCAGAAACCCCCAUAUCACCAUCAAAGUUGUUUGAAGUAGUUGCUGAUGACCUGCAGACACUCAACAAAAAUCUUCAAUCGAUUGUAGGUGCAGAAAAUCCAGUUUUAAUGUCUGCAGCUGAGCAGAUAUUUAGCGCCGGUGGGAAGAGGAUGAGACCGGCUCUGGUGUUCUUGGUGUCACGGGCUACAGCAGAGCUACUUGGCUUGAAGGACCUUACUGUCAAGCAUCGACGGUUAGCAGAGAUAAUCGAAAUGAUUCAUACUGCAAGUUUGAUACACGAUGAUGUAUUAGAUGAGAGUGACUUACGACGAGGGAAGGAAACUGUUCAUCAAAUGUUCGGAACAAGAGUGGCAGUGUUGGCCGGAGACUUCAUGUUUGCACAGUCGUCGUGGUAUCUCGCCAACCUUGAAAAUAUUGAAGUUAUUAAACUUAUCAGCCAGGUUAUUAAAGAUUUUGCAAGUGGUGAAAUAAAGCAGGCUUCUAGCUUGUUUGAUUGUGAUGUUGAACUCGACGAGUAUCUAAUUAAGAGCUACUAUAAGACAGCCUCUUUGAUUGCUGCCAGUACCAAAGGAGCUGCAAUUUUUAGUGGCGCCGACCGAAACAUCACUGAGAAAAUGUUUGAAUAUGGAAAGAAUCUUGGUCUAUCCUUCCAAGUUGUGGAUGACAUAUUGGAUUUUACACAGUCGGCCGAGCAACUAGGCAAACCUGCAGGCACUGACCUUGCCAAAGGUAACCUCACUGCACCGGUGAUUUUCGCCUUGGAAAAAGAACCAAAGUUGAGGGACAUCAUUGAAUCAGAAUUCAGCGAGACCAGUUCCCUUGACGAAGCCAUCAAGUUGGUCAAGAGUUGUGGUGGCAUCGAAAGGGCGCAAGAAUUGGCGAAAGAGAAAGCUGAUCUUGCUAUUCAGAGUCUUCAAGGCCUUCCUCCAAGCAUAUUUCGAUUAGCUCUUGAAGAUAUGGUAGCCUAUAACCUUCAAAGGAUUGCAUGAGCAUUUGCAUUGCAGAGAACAUAUUAUUGAAAAGAAAAUCAGAAGAACAUUCUUUGAUACUAAUAGAAGGAUGAGAAUCAUGACAUUUGAACUUAUGUCAUUUCAAGAAUUUCCAGCAAAUGCUUCCACAUGAGCUACUUUGGGGGGGUUAUAUUAUAGAAAUUGAAGGACAAAGCAAACACAGUGUCAUCACUUAAUAUAUUUGCAACUUGCAAAUUAAAUUACAUGGAAAAUAAUAUAUAUAUAUAUACUCCAUUGUUGUAUAAACAGCAUGUCUGCAAUAUUUUUUUUUUUUCCCAUAUCUUGAAAAGGGGAGGGAAAAGAUGAUAAAUUGUCUUUUGUAUCUUUUUCUUCUGUAUUUUGUGAAGAUACCAUACAAUUGAGCUUGUGAAAUCAUCAUUUCUCGUCA